CUCUGGGGCAACCACGCGGGCCAUGGCCGUGGGGCUGGCAACUAGCGCUUAGCAACCCUGACCACCUGCCGGCUGAGGAGCCAGAGCCCCCAGCCAGGACCCUGUGCCCGGGCUGGCCUCCCGUGCAUGGAAUGGUGCUGUGCCCUGGGCCAGCAGGCUGGGCUCGCCAUGGUGCUGGGUGCCAUCCUGGCACGAGGGCGGGAUGUGUGCAGGCGGAAUGGACUGCUCAUCCUGUCUGUGCUCUCUGUCACUGUGGGCUGCCUCCUCGGCUUCUUCCUGAGGACCCGGCACCUCUCACCACAGGAAAUCAGUUACUUCCAGUUUCCCGGAGAGCUCUUGAUGAGGAUGUUGAAGAUGCUGAUCCUACCGCUGGUGGUCUCCAGCUUGAUGUCCGGCCUCGCCUCCCUGGAUGCCAAGACCUCCAGCCGCCUGGGCAUCCUCACUGUAGCGUACUACCUGUGGACCACCUUCAUGGCAGUCAUCGUGGGCAUCGUCAUGGUGUCCAUCAUCCACCCGGGCAGCGCGGCCCAGAAGGAGACGACGGAGCAUAGUGGGAAGCCCAUCAUGAGCUCAGCAGACCCCCUGCUGGACCUCAUUCGGCAGAAAGAAAAGAGCUGGAGGAAAGGACCAAAGGGUCCUGGCUGCAUGGGCAUCUUUUAAAGCUUUUUCCAGGAAAUGCCACCCAAUGACUCCCACUUACAUCACAUUGGCCACCCCUUUGGCAAGAGAGGCUGGGAAACAGGGCUUGAUGUCAGGGCCUUCUUGGUCCCUGUAACAUGCCUGGGUUUCUGUUAGUGAGUAAGGAGACAGCAUGGAGACUGGGCAGACAACUAGUCAACCGUGCUGCAGCACAUAAUUUAAAUUAUUGUCAUUUUAAAGGAAGUUGUAGAGAGAUGUAUGUAUGAGGUAUAAGUUCCAUUCGGUUUCUUACAUACGGCCUUUUGAACGCCCUUGGUUUCUGCUCAUGCUAAAGCAGCCUUCCCUCUAACCACUUUGUCACUCGAACCUACUGGAAGUGUACCCAGGAGACAUCUUCAAGCUGUUACCACGUGAUGCAGUGUGGGCCUCCUCCAUUCUGGUCAGGAGCGCCCAGGGCUGGUAGGUCAUGCGCUCCGGCAGGCUGUGUGCCUGGCGUGACUUUGGCUCUGUUUGCUGUCCAGAGCCCUUGCAGGCAGCUGUUAUUCUGGUGGCAGAAAUCUGCUUACCACUCAUCAAAAUACAGCCUCAUGUGAGCUUCUGUGAUCUCAGCUCCCGACCCUGCUUCUUCUCUCCCUUGUGACAAAGCUGAAAUCAGUGGGGAAAGCCAAGACCAUUCUCUACCAGUUUUCUGCCAUGGUAGCUCAUUCCAAGCCCUCUUUCUCCUGCCAUAUGCUAACCCUGAACCUGUAUUUUAGCAACAGUGAAAAAAAUUAUAGUCUCUGCUUCCCAACAGUGGCUGCCAGGGUGUAAAGUUAAGAAAGAACGCACACUCAUACUCAUGUGUAUAACUCCAUGCAUGUGUGAGCUGAGUCUCGCAAAAGGAGAGACUUGCCGAGAGCAAGAGUGAGCGGGACGGAGGGUCCAGGUAGAGGAGGAACGUGCACACGAGGCGCACGGCCUGUUCAAGGAAGUGCCAGCACAGGAGCAAAACUCCUUGUUAGCAUCUCUGAUUUAAGUUAGGUUCCUAAAGCAGAUUAUAAAGGCAAAGACCCUCGCUGUGAACUGCAAAUUGCUUUACACAAAGUUUGCUGCCAGAACCACGUGAGGGAGUCACCAAACAUCCUCAGCAGUGGGUACUGUCAUUUGAAAAUUUCUUUGACAGUUUGAUAGGUGAAAAUGUCUUUUUCAGUGAAGCCGAACAUUU